UUCAGCUGUCUCUUUUCUAUCUGUUUCUCACAUCCGUUGAGUUCGGGACCUUGCUCAUGCGGGAUGGCAAUCAACGGCUACAUGGUUCACUUUGAUUCGCCGAUUCGCCAUUUGGGCUCCAGCGCCUUAAACGGCAUUAACGGGGCCUUGGGCUUUAAAAACAACUUGAUCUUCCUCAAUCCUCACAAAAAAGGCAGUCCCACCGCCUCGACUCCGUCCUCCGGAGCGGCACCUCACAAGGGCUCGGGCCAGGUCAAUGGCCACGGCGACGGUGGUGCGGCCAGAGAUGAACCGCCGCGACCCAAGAUUGUGUAUUUCCCAUUGCGUGCGGUGGAGGUGGGCUAUCAUCGCCAAAGAUCGUCUGGGGCCGGCAUGUUUAACAUGGGCAAUACUUGCUACUUGAAUUCGACCCUCCAAGCCCUGUUCCAUACCCCGGCUUUGUUCAAUUAUCUAAUGAGUGAUUUCCACAAGCGGGAAUGCGGCAAGAAUGGUUCGGGCGGCUUCCUCCAGACCUGCAUGAUAUGCAUUCUCACGAGUACGCUCAAGGAUACCCUGUCGGUGAAUGUAAUGCGGCCCAACCGGGUGUACGAAAAGUUGAAGAAUAUUUGCAAGCAUCUCGUACAUGGUCGUCAAGAGGACGCCCACGAGUUCUUGAGAUAUCUGAUUGAAUCGCUUCAGAAGUCGUUUCUCGUGUCGCGUCACGCGCCCAAGAAUUUAGAUAAUGCUAGUAAAGAGACUACCCCGUUCAAUCAAAUUUUUGGCGGGUACAUGCGGCAAGAUGUAACCUGUCUGAAGUGUAAGUACGUGUCUGUUACAUUCCAACACUUUAUGGAUCUCCUGCUCGACAUCAGACAAACGUCCAAUAUUGACGAUGCUUUAAAUAUCUACUUUCGGGCUGAGCGGAUCGGCAGUGGUGACGGAGUGAACACGUACAAAUGUGAGAAGUGCAAUAUGAAAGUGCCCGCCAAGAAAAAGUGCUUCAUUGAACGACCUCCCAUAGUGCUUUGUGUUCAGCUGAAGCGAUUCAGCCUUCUUGGUGGGAAAAUCAGUCGCUCGGUCCAGUUAAGUCGGCGAAUUGAGAUGAAUGCUUUCGUCAAAAAGAGAGAUAUGAGUGUCAGUCCCAUGCCUCCACUUCAGUACAAGCUAGUGGCCAUGAUCACUCACGUAGGCCCUUCGCCCAACUGCGGUCACUACACGGCCAUUGGUGAGGCCAGUAAUGGACAAUUCUUCCAAUUUGAUGAUUCCUCGGUUCGGCCGAUUUCUAUCAAUCAAGCCCUUAAUACUGCUUCAUACGUGGUCUUUUACGAGAUGACCAAGCAGAGUAAGGAGGCUUGGGUUGAGCAGAUGAAUGCAACGGCACUCCCAAAAGAGACACUCUACAAGCAUCCCUCGUCUAGUAAGCCUUGCACGGCCACUUCCUCCUCGUCGUCGACGACUGUAUCAUCGCAAUCUAACGGCAAUUCGCUAUCUAACACGAGUUCAUCACCAGUUGUUCCGAAAGCCAAGUUCUCAGGAUUGAAUGGGACAGUCAAUAAGUUGGGUGUCGUAGCUAAAAGCACCCUUUCAUCCUUGCCUCAAUCAUUAACGGGUCUGAAGAAGCCCGCUCAAUUAGUCCCUUAUGAUGGAGCAGACUCCUCCGAUUCUUCUGAAGACGAGACAGAAGCGCCCAAGCAAAACGGUCGCAACUUUCCCGUCGCAACUUCUUCACCCCUUUUAAACCCAACUGUAACUACUAAUGCUUCUGGUAAUACUGUGCCCAAGUCAUCGCCGUUUGUACCUCGAUCAGUCACCGUAAACGCCUUGAAAAGGUCGCAGGAGCUAAGAUCUGAUUCUUUAGCCAUAGAAAACGGCUCAUCCACCACCAAUUCGGUUUCAAAGUUGUCGGAUCAUGGCCCACAAAAGGAUGUGAAGACUUCGGGUAGUGGAUUGUGGCAGGUGCUGGAAACUGAGCACCAUAACCCAUCAAUCAGUAGUGAUAACUCCAAUGGCUCUACAUCGGGUGCCUGGCAUAUCACACCCUCGACCACACCGCCCACCACAACUAUGGCGGGUGCCAUGGUUAACGCGAGUGAAACGACAGCCAGCCCGACUGUGAACGGAACGAAGAAAAAUGGCCAAGAUCCACUGGAGCUAUCUGAUCAUGAUCAACUACCCCAACCGCGUUUGAAUGCCACGUUGCCCCAACAGGCAUCGAUGACGUCCUCCUCGACUGCGUCGUCAUCACUUAGUAAUACCCCAGAACACAGCCGGUCCAAUAAGCGAAGUAGCAGUAUCGAAGAGUAUGAAGCCGAGUUGGAUCGAGGCAGGACGAAGAAGGUCAAAAAAAGACACCCCCAACGUUAUCAUCUCAAUAACGAUAGAGAAGCAGAGUAUAGUUCAAGAGCGUCCUUUAACUCGUCGAACUUCAAUCCGUUCCAAGCUCACCAGAAUAAAAGCUACAACGGAAAAGGUUACCAACAUCACCAUAGAAAUGGUAGCAACAAUCAGCUGCCGCACCGGAACCAAAGUUCUCCGAGUAAUCGAGGAUUUGCCUCACGUUCCUCAUCAUGGUCAGGAUCUCGUGUGAAAUGGAAAGCCUACUCGCAAAAAUAAACUGAACGAAUAAGAGAUUCGGAAGUUGUGGGAGUUUCCCGGGAGAGAUGUAUGUUUCUGACCUUGAUGCUAAAGAUGGUGCAAAGAUUUGUUUGAAUCGGUCCUCGCACGGUAUGGCCCGACUCGAGUGGUUUGAUGAAUCUUCCUCACUGAACAAGAUUCACCGGUGGGUGUGGUAUUACCAUUCAUGCCCGAACGAUCCUUAGAUCGGUUUACACACUAUACUUUGUGUUUAAAUGAGCAUACGAUGCGUUUGAUUUGUUCAAUUCAAUGGUUUACGGUAUACUGAU